CCCCCCCCUCCCCCUCUACUGGAUGCUUAUUACGGGUGUGAAUCGAGAGUCUUCCUCCCCAUGGUGGAAUCAGUGACAGCCUCGGGGCCUGUGCUUCAUUAACAGAGCAGCUGAACCGAACCGAACCGAACAAAACCAACCCAAAUCCAAGCCAACUUCCCCCCCCCAGCCACCACCACCAUCAGUAAUCGCCCUCAUAUCUGCCGCCGCCGCCGCCAGCCCUUCCGCCCUUCCGCCCUUCCAUGUCGGUGUCUCUGGCGCAUGUUUCUUCUGAGCGCUGUUUGGUCCGUGACCGUCUGCAGCAACUGCAACAGCCACAGCAGCUGCAACUGGGAGGAGGUUCCGUGCACACAGUACAGUCAGUACAGGACACACACACGCACACACACACAUAGACGCAACCGCAACCGCAACCGCAACCGCAACGACGCUAAGCGCUUAGCGAGACGGGGCGAGACCUUCUGUUCUCUUUGCCAAAUCCUAGAUUCAACCUCACCUACCCUACCGUGCCAGAACAACGGAGCCCCCUCUGCAUGAGCCAUCGUCGAACGAGGUGCCCCAAACAACCGCAUCUCUCUCUCGCCAUCUUUUGCUCGCUCCCUUUCAAUUGCAGCCUCAUCGUCGCUCAUCAUCUUCUGCAGUGCUUCUUCCAUCUGUGUGACUUAGCAUCUUCGGCGAUAAACCUCGUCGACCCUUUCCUCGCGAUAUCUUCUGGGAUGCUCGUGUGCGAAUGUUGAAGGAACCAGCCCUCGACGUCCCCUAGAUCAUCACCACCACCACCACUACCCCGAACAUCGAUAGCCCACGAGCGGUACUACCUGCCUCUAGAUCGCGUCGAUCGCUUUCGUCACCACACGAUCCUUACCUAGCCACGACCAAGUCUCCCUCAUGACUGCCGUCGCGAGCCCUCCCAGCUUCCAGCAACUCAAUCGACCGGGAUGGAAUGUUAAUGGCGGACAAAGUCUGAAUUCGAUGAAUCCAGAAGACGUCAGAGGCAUGUUCGUGCCGCGGAAGACGCUGCAGCGGAGCAACUCGUCCUCCUCCGUCGCGUCCACUUCGUCCAACUCGUCCACCACCACCGUCGCCACGAAUGCCUCGCAACCAAAUGGCACCCCGGCCUCGACCAACUCCGACAUGAGCUCGUGGUCGAGCACCGCUUCGAGGAAGCGCCCACAGCCCAAAGGCCCCUGGCCCCCCGGCAAACCAGAAGGCCAGCCCGAUUUCGGCAGGCCCGUCAUGCGUUCGCCCAUGAACGGAAUCAACGGCAACUCGUCCCUACAGACCGUUCCCGGCCAGCCGCAGAUGAUGUCGCAACAAGGCCUCGCCGCGAGGCCCGUGGGCGAUCCCAUGCCCAGCGGCCAGCCCGUCCUCUACCUCUUGUCGCUGAAUGGCACUUUCGAGCGCAAAACCAUAUCCGUACCAUACUAUCCGGAGAGCCUUCGCAUCGGUCGCCAGACCAACCAGAAGACCAUCCCCACUGCCACGAACGGCUACUUUGACAGCAAAGUGCUGUCCAGACAACACGCCGAAGUCUGGGCUGAUCGCAUGGGCAAGAUCUACAUCCGCGACGUCAAGUCGUCCAACGGAACCUUUGUCAACGGGACGCGCUUGUCGCAAGAAAACCGCGAAUCCGAACCCCACGAACUACAGACCGGUGAUCACGUCGAGCUGGGGAUCGAUAUCGUGAGCGAGGACCAAAAGACGGUCGUCCAUCACAAAGUUGCCGCCAAGGUUGAGCACGCCGGCUUCGUCAGCCCCUCCAACAACGUUAUGGACAUGAGCUUUGGCGACUUGGAUCCCGCCAACGGCGCUAUGGCUGUCCCCGCGUCGGGACCAAUGCCGUAUCGCGGCCGCACGGGAAGCAACGCGUCCAUGGCCAGCAACGGACGCAUGAUAGCUCCUCAAAACAUGGCCGGCAUGGUCCCCAACGGCGGAGCUGCUCGUGGCUUCUUGCUGACGCCUAUUACCACGGAGCAUAUCGUGAAGAGGCUACACAACGAGAUGCGGAGUGCACGACUACAAUCCCAAGACCUGUCACGGACGGGCCAUUUCAUCCACGCGCUGCUUGGUAAAGAAGAAGUCAAGGAUCUGGAGAAGCCCGAGGCACACGAGCCCCCUAGACACCUCCCUAAUGGCAACGCCUUGCCCUUCCGUACCGAUGCGAAGACGCGAUUCUCCGAUCCGCCCGCUCCCCCGCCUCAGCAGCCUCUUCCCGAGAAGCCAGAUGUGCCUUCGCUCAAACGAGGUACCACCGAGCGACCGAAGGCCAACAGUACCCCGUCGCCUGUGGGACGAGACAACCUGCACCAGAUCAUCCAGUUGACCGAGGCUUUGAACAACGCGAAGAAGGAGAUGGAUACCCAGACCGCCCGCAUCAAGGACUUGGAAGACAUGCUCACCAAAGAGCGCGAGGCACGCGAGCUCGCCGAAGACAUGGCAAAGAUCCUCGAGGAUAGUGCCGUUAAGGAGACCAAUGGCGGGCCUAAAGAGCAUGAUGAUACCGAGACCAUACUCGAAGCCGCGUUUGAGCCGCCACAGGACGAUUUUGAGACUCGAGACGUUGAAAUGACGGACGCCGAACCCAUUGCCGAAGAGCCGACACCAGAAAGCGCCGAGGACAUUGCCGCUCGUUUCCAGGCCAAGAUCGACACAAUGAUGUCGGAGAUGAGCGACCUCAAACAGCAGAUGGAUGCCUGGAAGCAAAGAUGCGAACAGGCCGAGACGGAACGUGACGCGGACCGCAAAACCCUUGCCGAGAUGGUUGCCCGGAUUCGAAGAGACGAAGAAGCCAAGCAGGCGGCGGCUACGGCAGAAACGAACCGUUCUCCUUCCCGUGGGCGUCGCGGUCGCAGCGGGGGGCCUGCCGAGAAGAUUACUACCGUCGUCCAGACAGACGGCUCUGGCGAGUCGACGCCGGCCCCUACGCAGACCGAGGCCAGCGUGUACGACCCGAGCGACAAGCCUACGCUGUCGCGAGCCAACACCAUCACGCCGCUCACCAUACCGCCGGGCAAGCUGGCAAAGGACCAGGCCAUGAUGGCCGGCGUUCCCUACGCCUCCAUGCUCGGUGUUGUGAUUAUAGGCAUGGGCCUCAUGGCUUACAUCAACGGCUGGCAACCCGAACCGGCCCCCCGUCAUUGACAGUGGUGGACCCAAUCACUUCCUGCUACGAUUCUCUCUAGACACGCACUUCCUCGCUGGCGUUGCACAUACCUACGGCGUUUACUGCAUUGAAAGCGGCCAUUCGUUUCCCACCGACUUCCAUCGCGUAGUGUUUUUCCCUAUGUACCUACUAUUUUCCUUUUUUACCUGUAUGAAUUGCGAGAAUGACCUUUCUUUUCCCUUUGUCUCUAUUUCUCACGGGCAAUAGGGACGGUUGGUGGAAACAUGAGUGGGGAAGGCGUUUUGCUUCUUCAUCUUUUUUCUUCCUCGUUUUGAUGCCACGACCUCUAUUCGAGGUCUCUCUUGAUAUCGCGCUGCAGCACGAUGUUCUCUUUGUGAAGCUUUUGGAGGCGGGGGCGGAGCGGGCCGCCAAACCUGGAAUGGGAAACGGGAUGAUGGAUGACGACGACUUUUUCUUCUUUUUAUACUGGGCACACCAAAAAGAAACCACCCAUCCGAGAUGACGCCUUUCUUCCUCUCUUUCUCUAUUAUUUCUUCGUCCUCUGCUGCUGCGGGAGAGAUAUUCAUAUGCCUAUUGCCGCUUGUCAAGCUGCAUCAAACCCCGGCAGGGAUGGACUGAAUGCGCUCAUGUCAUGCGCUCGCCUCCUCAAAACAUGCCUCCAGGGUUCAUAUGCUUCUUGGCUUUUAGUGGGUGCGAUGGUGCAAUGAAGAAGAAGGGGAUGAGAGGGGGCUGUAGAAUACUGGCGGGACAAUGACGAGAUUAAUGUUUGCAUAGGCUGGGGCGGUGAAUACA